UAGACAAGUUCCGUUCAGACACACCGACCUAGCAUCAUGCAGUCUACUCCAAUCAUUCUGGUGGCAAUCGUCCUUCUCGGCGCCGCACUGGUGCGAGCCUUUGACGAGAAGGAGGCCCUGGCCAAGCUGAUGGAGUCAGCCGAGAGCUGCAUGCCGGAAGUGGGGGCCACCGAUGCCGAUCUGCAGGAAAUGGUCAAGAAGCAGCCAGCCAGCACAUAUGCCGGCAAGUGCCUGCGCGCCUGCGUGAUGAAGAACAUCGGAAUUCUGGACGCCAACGGAAAACUGGACACGGAGGCAGGUCACGAGAAGGCCAAGCAGUACACGGGCAACGAUCCGGCCAAGCUAAAGAUUGCCCUGGAGAUCGGCGACACCUGUGCCGCCAUCACUGUGCCGGAUGAUCACUGCGAGGCCGCCGAAGCCUAUGGCACUUGCUUCAGGGGCGAGGCCAAGAAACAUGGACUCUUGUAAUCAUUGAUGCAGCGCUACCCACCUGGACACGCCGAUAAAGUUACCUGGACCACCACACUUGUAUCUAUAAGUUUUGAAUAAUCGAGGUCGAGUAAAAUAAAUGCAUU